UCACAUCUGGGAGGUCUUUUAGACACAGUAUCAUGCUUCCUAUAUCAAAAAUGUGUGAAAACCAGCCUCAGGCAGGCUUUCAUAACAAAUACAAGUGAUGCUGUGAAAAACUUAAAAGCAGAACUGUGAGUUUCAGAGAAGUUAAUCAUCGGGAAGAUUAGGGGGAAGACCAGGUCAGUGGUUUCCUAAGUCAUCCCAUGAAGACAGAAGUCAUACUAAAAACUGGAAGUCGUUUUCACACGCACAGACCAAGAUCAGACGUCCUCCGUGGCUGGGCUUGCUGGACUCUGAAAGAUGAGAAACAGAUUUCUAAGGUUGCUGCCAGGACUCUCACUGCUGCUGCUGUCGUCAUUGGGACCUGCAGCCCGGAACCCUGGAGCCUCUGCCCCCACAGCCUGUGCUCGCUGGUGCCCUCGGAACUCCACAUGUGUCAGUGCCACCGCCUGUCGCUGUGAUCCAGGAUUCAGCUCUUUGUCUGGGGAGAUCAUCACCAGCCCCGCGGAGAGCUGCGAUGACAUCAACGAGUGUGGACCACCCUCGGCAGUGUCCUGUGGGAAAUUCGCAGACUGCCAGAACACGGAAGGGAGCUACUACUGCACAUGCAGCCCAGGAUAUGAGCUUGUUUCUGGAGGAAGAAUGUUCAGGAACGAGAGUGAGAACAUGUGUCAAGACGUGGACGAAUGUCAGCAGAAACCCAGAAUCUGUAAAGGCCGCAGCGUCUGCAUCAACACCCAGGGCAGCUACACCUGCAGGUGCCCGCCUGGCUUGGAGCUCAACCUGACGGACCCGAAGCUGUGCACAGACGUGAAUGAAUGCACCUCGGGGCACAGUCCGUGUCACAAUUCCACCCACUGCCUCAACGUCGUGGGCGGCUACAAGUGCCGCUGCCGCCCUGGCUGGAAGCCGGUUCCUGAGUCCCCCGAUGGCCCCAACAACACCGUCUGUGAAGAUGAGGACGAGUGCAGCUCCGGGCGGCAUCAGUGUCACAGCUCCACUGUCUGCAUCAACACCGUGGGCUCCUACAGGUGCCACUGCCGCCCAGGCUGGACGCUGGUUCCUGGGUCCCCCAAUGGCCCCAACAACACCGUCUGCGAAGUGAUCCUCCCCCCCUGGACUCCACCUCUUGGAAUCAAGAGCCAGCAUCUCUCCCGCUUCUUUGAAAGAGUCCAGAGUCUGAGAAGAGACUUCACGUCUCUUCAAGCCUCAGCCCAGGACACCAUCCAGAACCUUGUGCAGGAGGUGGAUGAUCUGUUGGAGACCCCAGAGGAACUGGAGACCCUGCCCCGCUCAGAGCAGCACUGUGUGGCCUCUAACCUGCUCUUUGGCCUGGAGGAUGUCCUGAGAGGGCUGAGCAAGGCUCUGCCCAGUGGGUCAUUUACCUUCUAUUCAUCUGCAGGCACAGAACUGUCCAUGGAGGUGCUGGAGCAAGGAGACAAGAAUGUCAUCUUGAGUCAGAAUCAGGCAAAGAUGCUGCUGAACUGGGAUGUGGUGCAGAAAUCUGGUGACGCAGGCCCUUCUGUGGUGGGCCUUGUCUCCACUCCAGGGAUGGGUAAGUUGCUGGCUGAGGCCCCCGUGGUCCUGGAGCCUGAGAAGAGGGCAGUUGUACAUGAGACACACAAACAAUUGCUGCAGGUAGUCUCCCCUGUCCUGUUCUCUGAUGUCCUCACCGCCUUUAUGAGCAACAAGGACACCCAGAACCUUAGCUCCCCAGUCACCUUCGUCUUUAACCAUGUGAGUCCAGUGAACAUUGGACAAAGGCAGAGGGAGUUCUGUGUCUUCUGGGAGCAAAGCCCAGAUGGAUGUGGUCAUUGGGCCACCACAGGCUGCAGGGUGGUGAGCACCAGAGAUGCCAGCACCACCUGCCAGUGCACCCACCUCAGCAGUUUUGCUGUCCUCAUGGCCCACUAUGACAUGCAGGAGGAGGACCCCGUACUGGCUGUGAUCACCUAUGUGGGGCUGAGCCUCUCUCUGCUGUGCCUCCUCCUGGCGGCCCUCACCUUCCUGCUGUGCAGAGCCAUCCAGAACACCAGCACCUCGCUCCACCUGCACCUCUCCCUCUGCCUCCUCCUGGCCCACCUCCUCUUCCUCACGGCCAUCGACCGAACCGAGAUCAAGGUGCUGUGCGCCCUCAUCGCGGGUGCCUUACACUAUCUCUACCUGACCUCCUUCACCUGGAUGCUGCUGGAGGGCCUGCACCUCUUCCUCACUGCUCGCAACCUGACGGUGGUCAACUACUCCAGCACAAGCAGGUUCAUGAGGAAGCUCAUGUUCCCUGUGGGCUACGGGGUCCCGGCUGUGAUUGUGGCCAUUUCUGCAGCAUCCAGGCCUCACCUUUACGGAACACCCAGCCGCUGCUGGCUCCACUCAGAAAAGGGAUUCAUAUGGAACUUCCUUGGACCAGUCUGUGCCGUCUUCUCUGUCAAUGUAACUUUCUUUCUGGUGACCCUCUGGAUUUUGAAAAGCAAACUCUCUUCCCUCAACAGUGAUGUGUCCACCCUCGAGAACACAAGGAUGCUGACAUUUAAAGCAACAGCCCAGCUCUUCAUCUUGGGCUGCACGUGGUGUCUGGGAAUUCUGCAGGUGGGUCCAGCUGCCCACGUCAUGGCCUACCUCUUCACCAUCAUCAACAGCUUGCAGGGCGUCUUCAUCUUCCUGGUGUACUGCCUCCUCAGCCAGCAGGUCCGGAAGCAAUAUGGGAAAUGGUUUAAAAGGGUCAGAAAAAUCAAAGGCGAGUCUGAGAUGUACACGCUCUCCAGCAGGGCCAUGUCUGAUGCCUCCAAACUCAACAUGGUUGUUCUGAAGCCAAAGAUCAUAGCUUGGAGCUGGUCCAGGAGGCUUCCACUGAUGUCAAUCACCACUCACCGAGAAGUGACCCCUGGGGUGUGAAGCCCUUUGGAUUAAGUCAACGUUCUCCAACUUCAGGCACUCCUCUGACUGAAUCGUGGUUUUCUAUACAUGAUGUCCUCUGUCACCUGCCUU